GGGCAGCCGCUACUGGAGCCCACCGACCUGUUCAAUUCGAAGGACGUGCCCACUAUCGGUCCUGGGCUGGCGUUCUUCGCGCUCGAUGUUCUAUGGAGCGAAGAUGCUGCUGAGUGCGACUUCCAUGGCCACUUCGCAAGCGACCCCAACGAGGUGCAGAUGGACGUGCAAAUGUUGGACAACUCCGUGAGCUUCCCACGGACCAUGCUCUCGUCGUGCUUGGACGCCGACGACGCGCAGUGCUGCGCGCCCGCCCCCUCCGUCGCGGUGCUGGACGGCUCCACGUUGAUGACCACCGACAAGAAGAAGCUCCCACUCGACACGGAGAUCGCACUCUCUGUUUCCGCCGCCGAGGACAUCGAGAUCCACGGCAUGGAGCACCGUGUGCACGGGCUGCUGAUGUACGGGCUAUGGGUAGAUCUGGACCUCUGCUGUUCCAGCAAACGAGACAUCAGCGACGGCAGCUCCGUCAUGUCCGCGCCCAGCGUUCCGCCGAAUGUCCUCAGUGUGCCCUCCGAGGCCGAUGCCUUCGUCGACGAGCUGAUCGAUGCGACGGAUUCGUUCGACCCAUUCGAGUGCGACACGCUGGAGAACAUUCUCCAGAACGCGGAGGACAUCAUCCAGCGCCACGCCAGCAACGUCGACAGCCACGACGUCCUGAGGCGCGACUUCAACAUGAUCGCCGAGCCCGCCGUCCCCACCCUGAACAACG